AUGGAAGUUCAUCUCUUUCUCUUUAUUCUGCUCUUUUGGCUCACUUUAUCAGCUACGGGCAGCCUUCCACCCAAGUACCGACUGGAGAGAUGCAACCGAGUGAGUGGCACCUGCAAACCGUUCUGCGACGACGUGGAGUAUGACUAUGGCUACUGCGUUCUGUGGAGAAACCAGUGCUGCGUGUAA